UACAAAUCAUAUUAAGUACUCCGUAGCAUUUUAGUUGUUGAUGAAUAUGACAGGAACAGGUUCCCCUUGUGGCGCCUGCAAAUUCCUGAGGCGAAAAUGUGUGAGAGGUUGCGUUUUCGCCCCCUAUUUUUGCCACGAGCAAGGCGCCGCUCACUUCGCAGCCAUUCACAAGGUCUUUGGAGCUAGCAACGUGUCAAAGCUCCUCGCCCACCUCCCCGUCUCCCACCGCUGUGAGGCCGCUAUCACCAUCGCCUACGAAGCUCAGGCCAGGCUUCAAGAUCCCAUCUACGGCUGCGUUUCCCACAUCUUCGCCCUUCAACAUCAGGUUGUGAAUCUACAAGCACAACUGGCUUCUCUUAAGGAACAAGCAGCCCAUUCCAUCAUAACUGCACCAAACCAUAAUGGGAAAUUCUACUCUGAUUUAUCUCAGAAUCAGGGGUUUUUAGGAGGUGAGAACUCUGGUUUUGUGGAAGAGAACAACCGCUCGUUUGAGAGCUUCGAUUCGGGCUAGAUGCAGUCGGAGGAGAGGCAAUGGUCGUUUCAAGAUGAUCUCCACUCAGUUGCAUUCAGAUAUAUUCACCAUUAAUUUCUACUAUACUUUUUGUAUGCAAACUCUGAUGAUGAACACAUAUUUCUGAAACCCUAGCUAGAAAUGCUUGUCACCGUGUAACUUUGG